AUGAACGAUUCAGAAGAGUUAGUGGCUUUACGUCUCAAGGUUGCACAACUUGAGGAAGAAAACAAUGCCUUGAAAUUGAAGCUUGGUCAAUCGCCUAUCGUUCCAAGCGAGAAAAUCCUGGAUUCUCUUUCGUUGGAAGAAUAUAGGCGUUAUGGGAGACAAAUGAUUGUGCCUGAGUUUGGAUCCCUUCCUUCUCAAUUAAAACUCCGACAGGCGAAAAUAUUGGUCGUGGGUGCUGGAGGACUUGGGUGCCCUGCGCUUCUUUACCUUGCAGCUGCUGGAGUCGGGAAAAUUGGUAUACUAGACAACGACACAGUGGAUGAAAGCAACUUGCAUCGGCAGGUACUUCACAGAACCACAUCUGUGGGUAUACUAAAAUGUGAAUCGGCCAAGUCAUACUUGAACGAACUAAAUCCGAAUGUGGAAAUCGUAACACAUCCUGUGAGACUCGAAAAUAGCAACGCUUUUAAUAUCAUUGAAGGUUACGACCUUGUGGUGGAUUGCACAGAUACUCCAGCUACUAGAUACCUCAUCAAUGAUGCAAGUGUUCUAGCUGGAAAAACAAUUGUCAGCGGAUCCGGUGUCAAGACUCAUGGCCAAGUUACAAUUUUGAAUUUUAAAAACGAGGGCCCAUGUUAUCGUUGCUUCUAUCCAACACCCCCAAAGCCUGAGUCCGUCUCGACCUGUGGUGACUCUGGUGUAUUUGGCCCUGCUAUUGGAUUGACGGGAAUUAUGCUAGCGACAGAAGCAAUUAAAGUGUUGACGAACUAUUAUGAUGAUAAUUUUCUGCCUUUCCUUCUACAAUACUCUGCAUUUCCGCAGCAUUCAAUCAGGUCGUUCAGAAUGAGAGGCCGCAAGCAAGAAUGUGCGGUCUGCGGGCUUAAUCCAACAAUCUCUAAGGGAGACAUCCUCAGUGGCACUAUCAAUUAUCUGUCGUUUUGUGGCAAGAUCUCAUACAACGUCGUUUCCGAAGACGAGCGGCUUUCUCCCGAGGAAGCUCGGCAAUUGUUAGCUCAAGAUCCCAAAACAAUUAUCUUAGACGUUCGGCCAGAAGAGCAAUUCAAAAUCACACGUCUCCCAAAUGCUGUCAACUCAGGUUGGGAGCGGACUUUAUCGCGCGCUGAUUCGCUAGAAAACAUCUUGCCUAAUGAGUUCAGUCCUGAACUGGACAAUAUCUUGGUCAUGUGUCGUUACGGAAACGAUUCAAGAUAUGCACUUAGAAAAUUGAAGGACCAAUUUGGGCUAAAAAAAGUAUACGACCUCAUUGGAGGAAUUGAUAGAUGGAGUUCGGAGAUUGACCCUUCCAUUCCAAGGUAUUGA